CCUGUUGGAAACGUAAAAUAGUCUCGGUCUGGGAGGCAAAAAGUCUUGGUCUGGGCAUCAAGCAAGCGAGGGCGAGGCUGCAAGCGUGACAGCAGCGGGAUAAUGAAGGUCCUAGCCAGCAAAACCGAUCCUCCACUGGGAGCGGUGUUGACCUGCUCUCGGGCGGGCGUGCCGGUGGAGUGGGGGAAGGAGACCAGCCUGGCAAUCACGGACUCCUUCUCCAUCACCUCCUCCCACAGCAUCUCCCGGCAUGUGGCCCGCGUCAACCCCUCCCUUGACCUCUACCCCUCACAUAUCCUUCACAGGACUGAGGUUGACCACUGGCUGUCCACUGCCUCUGGUCCUCUGUCCUGCGGCGGGGACAUCGUCGGGACGCUGGACCAGCUCAACAAGGCUCUGGCCCCCUCACCGGUGCUGGUGGGGCAGGACAUCACCGUCGCUGACCUUGAAGUGUUCGCUGCUCUCUACAAAAAUGGAGCAUGGCAAGGCUUGGUCAAGAGUGGAGGUGCCCCCUCUCACAUCUUGCGGUGGUACAACUAUAUCCAGACUCAGGCAAGUGAGGUCCUGACUGGACUUCCCAAGGACAUCCUGAAAUCCCUUAGUGCCUCCCAGGUGACCCAGUCCUCCCCGGAGAGGGCCGCCGGGGCCACCUCCAGGAAGCCAGAGGAAGGUGGCAAGUUUGUGGAGCUGCCCGGGGCCAAGAUGGGGGAGGUGGUGGUGCGGUUCCCCCCGGAGGCCAGCGGCUACCUUCACAUCGGCCAUGCCAAGGCGGCCCUCCUCAACCAGCACUACCAGCAGGCCUUCAAGGGGAAGCUGAUCAUGAGGUUCGAUGACACCAACCCUGCCAAGGAGGACGCUGAGUUUGAGCGGGUCAUUCUGGAGGACCUUAAGCUGCUGCAGGUCAAGCCGGACAUAUUCACCCACACCUCGGACCACUUUGACCGCAUGAUGCAGAUGUGUGAGCAGCUGCUUCGUCAGGCGCUGGCCUACUGUGACGACACGGACGCAGAGACCAUGAAGAAGGAGAGGGAGGAGAGGCAGGAGAGUAAGAACCGGAACAACCCAGUGGAGAAAAACUUGUCCAUGUGGGAGGAGAUGAAGAAGGGGUCGGACUACGGCCUCACGUGUUGUGUUCGCGCCAAGAUUGACAUGAAGAGCGACAACGGGUGUAUGCGUGACCCCACCAUCUACCGCUGCAAGAAUGAGCCUCACGUCCGCACGGGCACCAAGUAUCGUGUCUACCCAACCUACGACUUCGCCUGCCCCAUCGUGGACAGCGUGGAGGGCGUGACUCAUGCCCUGAGGACCACCGAGUACCAUGACCGCGACGAUCAGUACUUCUGGUUUAUCGAGAAGCUGGGGCUGCGGUCGCUGCACAUCUACGAGUACUCGCGCCUCAACAUGAACAACACAGUGCUGUCCAAGCGUAAACUGACCUGGUUUGUAGCCGAGGGGCUGGUGGACGGCUGGGACGACCCGCGCUUCCCCACGGUGCGAGGUGUGUUGCGCCGCGGGCUCACCGUGGAGGGCCUCAAGGACUUCAUUGUGGCCCAGGGGUCGUCACGCUCUGUUGUCAAUAUGGAGUGGGACAAGAUCUGGGCGUUCAACAAGAAGGUGAUUGAUCGCACAGCCCCGCGCUUCACGGCCCUCCAGGGUGACUUCGUGCCGGUGAUGGUGUCAGGGGUCACCGAGCAGGCCACCUCAGCCCAGCGGCACCCCAAGGACCCGUCUCUGGGCACCAAGACAGUCUGGGUAGGGCCAAGGGUGCUGGUGGAGGCUGUUGAUGCUGAGCUGCUGCGUGAGGGCCAGAAUGCCACCUUCAUCAACUGGGGCAACAUCAUGAUCAAGAAGGUCCACCGCAGGGACGGCAGGGUGGUGUCGGUGGACGCUGAGGCCAACACACAAGACACAGACUACAAGAAGACCCUCAAGCUGACCUGGCUGGCAGACAGUGAGAGCAGCCCACGCACACCACUGGUCUGUGUCUAUUUUGACCACCUCAUCAACAAGAGUGUGCUGGGCAAAGACGAAGACUUCAAGACCUUCAUUGGCCACCCCACUCGGGCCGAGGUGACCAUGGUGGGUGAGCCAGAGCUUCGCGGCGCCAAGGCAGGAGACAUCAUACAGUUGCAGCGGAAAGGGUUCUUCAGGGUGGACGAAGCCUAUGGGCUGGCCAGUCUCAGCAGCUGCCGGGAGCGGCCUGUGGUGCUGUUCUCCAUCCCAGACGGCCACUCCAAGGAUGCCCCAACGGCUGCCACCAUUCUGAAGCAGAUGGGCAUGAGCCCCAAAGAACGCGAGCAGAGUGCCCAGGGCAAGAGGGCUGAGAAAAGCCCCCAGGAAGAGUCGCGGCCUGUGGUGGGGGCUGGGGCUGGGGCUGGGGCUGGCCACUCACUGCUGGAAGCCAUCAAGGUGCAGGGAGACAAGAUCCGACAACUGAAGGCUGACAAGGCUGACAAAAAUGUGGUGUUGGCUGAGGUGGACAUUCUCAAGAAACUGAAGAUGAACUUCCAGGACACCACUGGCAUAGAGUGGAAGCCUGAUGUGGUGCUGCCUGCUGCUGCUGCUGCUGCUCCUCCACAGCAGGCUGUUGGUGGGGCCAGGACAGCAGCCACCAUCCACAGUGACAUCAAGGCCCAAGGGGACAAGGUGAGGGAGCUGAAGGCCAAGAAGGCCGAGAAGGAUGCAGUGAUGGCCGGGGUGGACACCCUCAAGAAGCUAAAGAAAGAGUUCCAGGAUGCUACUGGCAUGGAGUGGAAGCCUGAUAUAGUUCUGCCUGCCCCAGCUGCUGCUGCUGCUGCUCCUGCUCUGGAGACCCCCAGCACUGGGUCAGCAGCAGACAUCCACCAGAACAUCAAGUCUCAGGGGGACAAGGUGCGGCAGCUGAAGGCAGCCAAGGCAGACAAGGAGGCGGUGAAGAAGGAGGUGGACGCCCUGCUGGCCCUCAAGAAAAGCUUCAAGGAAGCCACCGGCCAGGAGUGGAAGCCAGACCUGGAUGUGUCCAAACUGAGUGCCUCACUAGCCUCCACCUCACCAGCCUCCCCCCCAGCCUCUGCAGGGAAGGGCUCCCCGGCCCUUGACCUCCACCAGCAGAUCAAGACUCAGGGGGAUGCUGUGAGGACCCUCAAGGCUAACAAGGCAGACAAGGAUGCCAUCAAGCAGGCUGUGGAUGCCUUGCUGGCUCUCAAGGGAGAGUUCAAGGCAGCCACUGGCAUUGACUGGAAGCCAGACAUUGAUGUGUCUAAACUGAGUGGAGCACCCUCAGCCUCUCCGGCUCCUGCCUCACCGGCCCCCGCCUCACCCGCCCCCGGCUCACCAGCCUCUGCAGGGAAGGGCUCCCCUGCCCUUGACCUCCACCAGCAGAUCAAGACUCAGGGGGAUGCUGUGAGGGCCCUCAAGGCUAACAAGGCAGACAAGGAUGCCAUCAAGCAGGCUGUGGAUGCCUUGCUGGCUCUCAAGGGAGAGUUCAAGGCAGCCACUGGCAUUGACUGGAAGCCAGACAUUGAUGUGUCUAAAUUGAGUGGAGCACCCUCAGCCUCUCCGGCCCCUGCCUCACCGGCCCCCGGCUCACCCGCCUCUACAGGGAAGGGCUCCUUGGCCCUUGACCUCCACCAACAGAUCAAGACUCAGGGGGAUGCUGUGAGGACCCUCAAGACUAACAAGGCAGACAAGGAUGCCAUCAAGCAGGCUGUGGACUCUUUAUUGGCUCUCAAGGCACAGUUCAAGGCAGCCACUGGCAUUGACUGGAAGCCAGACAUUGAUGUCUCUCAGUUCUCUGGUGCAGCAGCAGCAGCAGCAGCCCCUGUGCCCUCCCCGGCCAAGGCUAAAUCCCAGAGGGCCUCUCCCCAGAAGGCUGCUGCUCCAGCCAAGGCCAAGCAGGAGGAGUCUGGUCUCAAGAAGCAGACACGCCUUGGCCUGGAGGCAAAGAAGGAGGAGAACCUGCCAGACUGGUACUCCCAGGUCAUCACCAAGUCAGAGAUGAUCGAGUACUACAACGUGUCUGGCUGCUACAUCCUGCGGCCGUGGGCGUUUGCCGUGUGGGAUUCCAUUCGGACCUUCAUGGAUGCCAGGAUCAAGGCCAUGGGGGUGGAGAACUCCUACUUCCCCCUCUUUGUGGCCCGUGAAGCCCUGGAGCGCGAGAAGACACACAUCGCAGACUUCUCUCCUGAGGUGGCCUGGGUGACCAAGUCUGGCUCCAGUGACAUGGCAGAGCCGGUGGCCAUCCGCCCCACUUCGGAGACUGUGAUGUACCCAGCUGUGGCCAAGUGGGUGCAGAGUCACCGGGAUCUGCCGCUGCGUCUCAACCAGUGGAACAAUGUGGUCCGCUGGGAGUUCAAGCAGCCCACGCCAUUCCUCCGCACCAGGGAGUUCCUGUGGCAGGAGGGCCACACAGCUUUUGCUACCAAGGCUGAGGCCGAGGAGGAGGUGUACGAGGUUCUGAAGUUGUACGCCGAAGUGUACGAGGAGCUACUGGCCGUGCCGGUGGUGCGCGGCAGGAAGACAGAGAAGGAGAAGUUUGCUGGGGCAGACUUCACCACCACCACGGAGGCCUUCAUCUCCGCCAGUGGGCGGGCCAUCCAGGGGGCCACCUCGCACCACCUGGGUCAGAACUUCUCCAAGAUGUUUGAAAUUGUGUUUGAGGACCCGGAGAGCAAGGAGAAGCGGUACGUGUACCAGAACAGCUGGGGGCUGACCACCCGCACCAUCGGCGUGAUGGUGAUGGUACACGGGGACAACAAGGGCCUGGUGCUGCCGCCACGUGUGGCCAGCAUCCAGGCUGUCAUCAUGCCUGUUGGCAUCACGGCCAAGACCACCGAAGGAGACAAAGCGUCGCUCUACCAGGCCUGUCAGGACCUGGAGAAGGAGCUGCAGGACAGUGGUGUGCGGGCGCGCUGUGACCUCAAGGACAACGUGACGCCGGCCUGGAAGUUCAACCACUGGGAGCUGAAGGGCGUGCCGCUGCGGCUGGAGCUGGGCCCCAGGGAGGUGGCUUCCGGCCAGGUGUUUGUGGUCCGCCGCGACAGUGGGGAGAAGCAGGGAGUGGCCCGGGCUGGUGUGGGGGCAUCCAUCACAGCCAUCCUAGAGACCCUGCACCGGGACAUGUUUGGCCGUGCCCUGGCAGACCUCAAGCAGCACACCAUCUCUGUGCAGCAGUGGGCCGCGUUCACCUCUGGCCUGGACGGGGGCAACGUGCUGCUGGCACCAUUCUGUGGCCGAGAGGAGUGCGAGGACGCCAUCAAGAAGGACUCUGCCCGUGAGGAGGCAGCCGAACCAGGCGCACCGGCCAUGGGGGCCAAGGGACUCUGCAUACCAUUUGAUCAGCCUGGGCCAGUGGAGGGCCUGGCCUGCAUCCACCCAGCCUGCAAGGUGAAGCCACAGUACUACACACUGUUUGGCCGCUCCUACUAGACCCAGCGCCGGGCCUCAGGAAGAAACACCUUUGUUGGAUUGGUGAAGCAAUUUCCAUAACAAUUUAUUUAUUGUUAUUAAAGACAGUGAAUAUAUAUUGCAAAAAAUAUAUGGUUCUUACUAACUGGAAUCCCAGGCACAGUGGACUUGUAGGCAAAUGUCCAGUGAAGCAUGAACCAGCGACCAGUGACUAGCAUCUCUGUGACCAUUGGGUGUGUUCCACGUUGGGGAUCUCUCACUAUAAAGCCUUCAAGUGAGAGAUGGCAUGGCACUCUGUAGAACUAAAUUAUGGGCAAAAAUAUGAGUUUAUAACUAAAACAGAUAUAAAUUGG